AUGCGAGCCAUAGCCGCGAGCGUGCUCGCGCCGCGAGCGAACCGCGCGUCGACGCGAACGAGCUCGGCGCGUCGCGCGCGCUCUGGGACGCCAAGCCGCGUCGUCGUCAUCGCCCUCGCGUCGUCGUUCGCGCGCACGACGCGGGACGCGAGAGACGCGUUCGGGUGUCAUCGACGUCCCGUCGCCGCGCGCGCGUCCGCGGACGCGUCGGAGACGCCAUCGGAGUCACCGAGCGAAGAGACGCUCGCGCGGCGCGUCGCGGCGUGGUGGCGCGCGGCGACGAAGAUCGAUAAGAAGAAGAUCGCGAGCCUCGGUAGCGCGGCUUUGCUCUCGUACGGGUUCGUCAGCAACGUGUUCUACGUCUCGUCGCUCAUGCUGGCGACGUACACGGCGGUGAAGACGACCGGGGCGAGUCCGUUGACGAGCUCGUUGUCGAUGAAGACGUUCGCGAGCUCGUACUUUGGAUUUUGGAUGAUUCAAAACUUCUUGAGGCCGGCGCGGAUGGCGCUCUCGGUGGCCAUCUCGCCGGGAACGGAUAAGAUUGUCGAGUUUUUCCGAAAGUACGCGCCGAAUAACGAUAAGAAGUGGGCGUUCGCGAUCACGGUGUUCUGCAUCAACGUCGUCGGGACCUUCGCGUACAUGUUCGCCGGGUUCGGCUUGAUCGUCGCGCUCACGGGUGUCCCGCUCGAGCUCGGAGGUUUGCUGCAAGCGGCAAAGGCUGCAAAGACGGGAGCGCCGUGA